AUGAGAAUAAUACAACAAAUCCAGAAUCAGAUAUCGGAAGAUGAACAAUCUACACUCCAUGAGUUUCAUUUUAAUAUUACUGAAGCAAAUGAAAUGGAUGAUCAACCAACGGCAGAUUCUGGAGAGGCAUCAUUAAAUAAUGAUUCACAACAGGACCUUACUCCAGAUCAGCUGCAGCAGUUGUUCGCUCGAGCUAGCUCUGAACUGAUUGCAGAAUCAAUGGAUGAACAAGAAUUUUUUAAAUAUGAAGCAACAAUCAAAGGACCAAAAAGAAGUAAAGUAAUACAAACACCAUUUCCACCGCCUUCAGAAGAUCGUAAACAAGAUUUUCAUCUUGAUAUUGAACAAUUGAAACAACUAGCUAAACAAGAAGCAGGUCCAUUGAUCAUCGAAAGAUAUUCUCCAAGUGAAACACAAAUAAGUUAUCCAUUAACAAAUGUUACAAUAACAUUUAAUCAACCAAUGGUUGCUGUUUCAUCAUUAGAUGAUCAAAUAAAUAUCGAAGAUCUUGGUAUAUCAUUAACACCUACAAUAGAAGGUCAAUGGAGAUGGACAGGAACGAAAACAGUUCAAUUUGAAGCAGAACAUCGUUUACCAUAUUCAACAAAAUAUGUAUUAAAGGUUGACAAACAACAUUGUGUAUCAACAAUUGGAGGAAAAUUAGAAGAUGAACUGUUAUUCGAAUUUUCAACAACAACACUAAAUCUUCUUCAAGCCUUAAUAUAUCCAACAGUUUCAAUAUUGAAACCAAUCUGUUUUCUAUCCUUUGAUCAAAAAAUUGAUAGGAAUAGAAUUUUGCAGCAUUUCUGUGUAAUGAUCAGGGAUAAACAUGAAAUAACAAACAACGAAUUAGAACUAGUAGAUGAAGUUACAGCAAAAAAGGAAUUUAAAUCUUAUAUAGAUGCUACUAAAGGAAAUCAUGAGAAAUAUGUUGCAUUUACAUUUAAAAAUGAUUUACUAAAAGCAACACAAUAUACAGUUCAAUUGCCUGCAGGUUGUCCAUCAGCUGAAGGUCCAUUAGUGACAACAUCAACAUGGUCACGUAAUUUUCAGACUUAUGAACCUCUAAAAAUUACUGAUUGGUGUCCAAAUAAAAAAAAUGAACAUCAAUCAUCUAUUAGUCCUGGCCAUAGUUGGUCAGUAACAUUCAAUUAUGCUUUAGAUCAUUCAACUAUAAAUAAAUCAUUAUUCAAAAUCGAACCAGAAGUUAGUGCAUUAGGUAUUGCACAUAUCGAUUACAAUGAGCGAGAAAUAAUAAUACAUAAUAAUUCUAAACCAAAUACUAUCUAUACACUAGUUAUACAAUCAGGAAUAUUAAAAGAUAUUCAUGGUCAAACAUUAGAACAUGAUUAUUCUGAACAACCAAUUCAAUUUCAUGUACAUGAUUUCCCACCAUUAGUUGGUGAUCUAUCGGGUGUUACAGGUAUGAUUAUAAUGGAUCCUGGUGUAUUGGAUGAACCAUUUUAUCCAUUUGUGAUCGAUAAUUAUUCCGAAAUAACAUUACGUAUUAAUCGAGUCAAACCAAAACAUUAUCAUCCAAAUUUACCUUGUUUUCAGCGACAUUCUUACAAAAAUGAAGAAAAAGAAUCAGUUAUUGAAUUACCUGGAGAAAAAUUACUAAAUAAAGUUAUACAAACCAAUUGUGAACGUGAUGUAUCAAAAGUAAUCAAAGUGCCUUUGAAAGCAUAUUUAACAAAAAAUUCUGGAGUCGGUCAAUUGAUUGUCGCCAUUGAGCCAACACAAAAAGCAUGGAAUGAAUGUCAACAUAAGCAUUGGGAACGUAGAGAAAUUGUAUCAGCCUGGUUACAAUGUACUCGAUUAGCAGCUGAUGUAUUUGUUUUUCCAGCGACAGAUGUUAGAUUAACUGUAUGGAUUACUGAAUUAAUGACUGGUGCACCUGUCAAUCAAGCAAUUGUUUCGAUAGGGGACAAGAAAGAAGAAACACGUCAACAAGGAUUAUGCACUAUCUCAAACUAUAAAUCUAAAAAUAAUAAAUCAAGAAAUGAAAUACUAAUCGUAAAAAAAGAUCAUGAUCUAUAUAUGCUAACAGAUAUUUAUUGUCAUGCAUCCAAUCUUAAUGAUUACGUUUGGCAUGUAUUUAAUGAUCGAAAUCUAUAUAAACCAAAUGAAGAUGUGCAUAUCAAAGGAUAUGUUCGAUUAUUAGAAGUAAAAGGUGAUGCAAAAUUACCAACUUAUGCUGAAGGUGUCAUUGAUUAUACUGUUUAUUAUCCUCGUGGUGAAAAACUUCGAGAAGCAAAAGUUAAAUUAAAUAAUUAUGGUGCAUUUGAUAUCAAGUUUACAAUACCUGACAAUGUUAAUUUAGGUGAUGGAUACGUAUUCUUCAGUUUAUCAGAUGGAAAAGGCUGUACAAAACAUGAUUUUAAAGUUCGAGAGUUUCGUAGACCAGAGUAUGAAGUUUCAUCAGUGACUCGACCAUCAAUCGUACAUUAUUGUCAUCCAAAUAAUGGCGAAUACGUUAUAGCUACUUGCCAAGGAAAAUUAUUUGCUGGUGGUUAUUUAAGUUAUGCCAAUGUUCAAUGGGCAGUACACGCUGAAACAACAACAUUUACACCAGCCAAUCGAUCUGAUUAUACAUUUGGACAAGCUCAACCAUUCUUUUGCUGGUUUGGUUAUAGUAAUGAUAACAAAAUAAUAUAUCCAACAGAAUAUUUUCAAGGUAUAACAGAUAAUAAAGGUACACAUGAAAUAAAGAUUACUUAUCAUGGUAUUGAAAAAGAGCCAAGACCAACAAUAAUUCGUGCAUUAGCAUCUAUUACUGAUUUAAAUAAUCAAACACAGGAAACUCAAACACAGUUUCUUAUUCAUCCAUGCAUGUAUUAUGUUGGAUUUCAAUUAGUAGAUAAUUAUGGUAAAAAAGAUAAACCUGUACAAACAAAAGUCAUUGUUACAGAUAUUGAUGGAAAUUUAAUUGAUAAUAUUUCAAUUGAAUGUAAAAUAGUUGGCAUUGGUCAAGAAAAAAAAGAAGAUGAAAGUGGUUUAACAGUAUUUGAAGAAAUAAAAGAUGAACAACAAUUUAUAAAUGUUAGUUCGAAUAAAGAUGCAAUUAAUAUGGAUUUUAUACCAAAAUUAGGCGGUCGAUACAAUGUAUUAUAUACUGUCAAAGAUGAGCAAGGACGAUUAGGUAUGAGUUUCUAUGAUAAUCUUUAUAUUGCUGGCGGUAGUGGAAAAGAAAUGGGGAAAAAAAAGGUUGUAUAUGUUGCAAUUGAUACAUUGACAAUUAUACCUAAUGUAACAAAUUACCAACCAGAUGAUACAUGUGAAUUAUUAAUCUUAGCACCUUUUAGUCCAGCUAAUGGUUUAGUUAUGUUUAAUUGUGAAGGUCAAAUUUCUCAACCAAUACAUUUCCACAUUGAACCUGAAAAAGAUUCAACAACUGUUGAAUUUAAAAUAUCAAAAGAUUGGAUACCAGGAUUUACUGCUCGUGUUGAAUUAACAGGUUCUCUUCCAAGAGAAACAGAAACAGUUAAUUCAUCAAAUCGUCCGGCGAUCGCUAUUGGUACAGUAUCAUUAGAAGUCUCAAGAGAUUUAUAUAAACUAAAUAUAUUAGUUAAUACAAAAGAAACAAAUAAAACGUAUAUACCAUCAUCAAUCGUUCAUAUAGAUGUUAAUGUUACACAAUAUACAGAUAAAGUACCUGUAGACAAAGUAGAAGUUUGUCUAAUUGUUGUUGAUGAAGCUAUUUUAUCAUUAACUGAUUAUAAAUUAACUAGUCCAUUAGAUAUAUUUUAUCCUAAACGGUCAACGAAAAUUACAGAAUAUCAUGGUAGAAACCGUUGUUUAUUAUUCAAUAUGCAAGAUAUAGAACAAUUUAAGAAUGAUAUACAAGAAAUACCAGGUGAAAAUGACCGUUUAGGAUACAUGAUGUGUGACCGGAUGAUGGAAUGUUGUAGGACUAUGCCAACGGCUUUUUCGAGUAGCGGUUUACCUGGAGCUGGUGAUGAUGAACAAAAGAUAGCUGUUCGAUCGAAUUUCAUUCCAUUGGCAUGUUGGGUACCAUCAUCAAUUACUAAUUCAUCAGGAUAUGUUUCAUUUGAAUUUAAGUUACCUGAUAAUUUAACACGCUAUCGUGUAUGGGCCAUAGCAACAACUGAUAAACAAUAUGGUUUAGGUGAAAUGUCAUUUACUGUUCAAUUACCAAUUAUGAUUCGACCUUCACCACCAAGAUUUCUUAAUUAUGGAGAUACAGCUCAUUUUUCAGUUGUUUUACAAAAUCAAACUGAUCAAUCAUUAUUAUUACAUGCUGGUUUAAAAGCAACUAAUGCAAAAAUAAUAACAUCAGAAGAAAAUCAACAAGUAGCUGGUUAUGCAAUUCAACUCCAAGCAAGUAAACGAGCUGUACUUACAUUUCCAAUAUCGACAACUGAUUCAGGUACAGCGCGAUUUGAAUUUAUAGUCAGCACUGCCACAAAUGAAUCACAAACAUCAUUUGGUGAUGCAAUUGAAUUAAGUGUACCUGUCUUUACACCAGCAACAUCUGAAGCAUUUGCAACAUACGGUGAUAUAUGUGAAGAAGAAGUUGUUUACCAACCAAUAAAAGCACCAGAGAAUGUUAUUCCACAAUUUGGUCAAUUAUCAAUAUCAACAAGUUCAACAGCAUUAGCUUCAUUAACAGAUGCAAUUAUUUCACUUUAUACAUAUCCAUAUGAAUGUACAGAACAAUUAAGUUCAAGAUUAUUAGGUAUACUAUUAUUAUCAGGUGUUUUACAAGCAUUUAAUUGUAAAGAUUUACCAGAUAUAUCAAUAAUGACAACUAAAUUACAAUCAGAUAUGAAUACAUUGAAAUGUCGCCAAUUCUCUAAUGGUGGAUUUGGUUAUUGGACAAAUAGAGAUGAUUCUUAUGCAGAUCCAUUUAUAAGUGUACAUGUUGCUGCUUGUUUAAAUAUUGCUUUAAGAACACAGAUAUGUAAUGUUGACAUGAAUAUGCUGGACAAUGUAUUGAACUAUCUUACAAAUAUUGAAUCUGAAAUUGAUAAAUUACCAUAUAGUGAAUAUUGGUGUGAAACAACUCGAUUUAGUUUGAUUUGUUAUGCAUUAUGUGUACGUGCGAAACAUCGUCAAAUGGUAGCUAAUGAAGCAUUAGAAUUAUUUGCACGAAGUGGAUUGAAUAAACUUAGUUUAGAAGCAUUAGGAUGGUUAUUAAUUGCAUUAAACAUAGAGAAAAAUGAUAAGACAAAUCAAUUAAUUGAUUCAAUAUAUAACCAUUUAAAAGGUAAAGUAAGUGAAACAAGUGAAACAGCAAAUUUUAUAACAUCCUAUGGUGAUGAUGGUCAAUCAGUUAUGUUACAUUCAGAUCAACGAACAGAUGCUAUUUUAUUAGAAGCAUUAUUAUAUACAAAUCCAAACUCAACUCUUUGUACGAAAUUAUGCAAAGGUUUACAAGCACAUAAAGUGAAAGGUGCAUGGAAAUCAACACAAGAAAAUUGUUUUGUAUUAAGUGCAUUAGCGAAAUAUUUUCAUAUAAAAGAAAGGGAUACACCAGAUUUUACUGCUAAUAUUUGGUUAGAUAAUGAUUAUUGUGGCCAACAUCAAUAUAAAGACCAAACAGCAGAUAUAUAUACAAUAGAUAUUCCAAUGAAAAUAGUUUUGUCACCAUCAUCAUCCAAUGCAGAAAUCAAUGAUCAGAACAAAGAUCUGAUCAUACAAAAAGAUGGCACCGGUCGAUUAUAUUAUCGUAUUGGAUUAAAUUAUGCUCCGUUAAGCUUACAAUUAGAUGCUGUUAAUUAUGGUUUUAAAAUUGAACGAACAUACAUGGCUAUCGAUGAUCUUUCUCAUGUCCAAAAACAAUCUGAUGGUAUAUGGAAAUUUAAGUUAGGUAAAAAAAUCAAGGUUAUAUUAACAAUGACUGUUACACAACGACGAUAUCAUAUAGUAUUAGUUGAUUAUUUACCUGCUGGGUGUGAGGCAUUAAAUACACAAUUGAAAGGUACAAUUACAGGUGAUACAGACUCAUCAGUAACAAGAUCAAAUCGAAAUAAUCGUUAUUUUGGAUGUCGACCACAUUCGAUUCUUGGUUGGGCUGAACAUGAAAAUUUAAGAGAUGAACGUGCUGAAGCAUUUCGAUCAUUAUUAUGGCCUGGUGUAUAUGAAUGGAGUUAUGUUAUGCGUGCAACAUGUGCUGGAACAUUCAUAAUGCCACCAGCAAAAGCGGAAGAAAUGUAUUCCCCAGAAAAUUUUGGUCGAUGCGCAACAGAAAAGGCUAUUAUUAACUAA